UAUAUAUCCACUAAAAUAUUACACCAGAUUCAUCAUUAAUUAUCAAUCAUUGUUAUUAGCUAUCACAAAUCACCAUCAUCAACAUGUGUUUGAGAUCAUUCAGGUGCAGUUUUUGCUGCAUCUUCGUCACACUCUACACCUUAUUCCUGUGCUUCAUUCUAUCCAUAUUCCUAUUUUGGAUAAUCAUAUCUCCAUCAAGUGUCAAAUUCCAAAUAACCAAUGCUUCCCUCACUCAAUUCAAUCUCACCAACAACACCACCACAUUGAACUACAAAUUCAAAGUCAACAUCACAGCAAGAAACCCUAACAACAACGUGGUGGUGUACUAUAGGAGGAUCACCGCAUACGCGUGGUACAAAGACAGGAAUUUCGCUGCCGUCAACUUGGCGCCAUUUGAUCAAGGUCACAAGAACACGACCCUCCUUCAAGAAGCCGUGUUCGAAGGACAAAGCUCGAUUCGACUCGGGCCAAAGCAAAUUGCUGAGUACAACAUGGAGAGGAGUGUGGGCAUUUUCAAUGACUUGGCCGUCGAUUUGGAUGUUAGAAUAAGGGCUAAGUUUGGAAGGUUCGAGAGCAGCCGAUUCAAUCCGCCGGUUGUUCAGUGUCGCCGGCUCAGGGUUCCUUUGAUUUCGAAUGGUAAACCGCCGGCGGCAACUUUUAGUGUUACAAGGUGCAGAAGUAGUAAUUUCUUUCAAGAUCGUGAUGCCGAAGCCGGAUAACCCUUAGAAAUAUAAAUAUAAGCCUUGACUCCUGGCUAUUUGAAUUUGCAAUUAUAUACAUAUAUAUAGCAUAAAUAAAUAUAAGUAUAUACUUAAAAUACCAAUAGAAAUCCUUUUUUUACACGUAUUACUUUGAUUUUCUCA